ACUACCUCGUGUGGGCCAGGCUACCAAAUGAGAGCUGUGAAGUGUGUGGUCGGCUCUUAUGGUGCUGUCAUGGACGAUACUGAAUGUAACGCUGCCACCCGACCCACAGACACCCAGGACUGUGAACUGGCUCAGUGUCCCAGCAGCCACCCUGUUCCCCCAGGGACCAAAGUCCCCUCCCAUCAGACCCACAAAACCCAGUGGCGGUUUGGUUCCUGGACUCAGUGUACUGCCAGCUGCGGUAAAGGUACACGGAUGCGCUAUGUGAGCUGCCGUGACAACCAGGGCGGUGUGGCAGAGGAGUCGGCUUGCGCCCACCUACCAAAGCCCCCUGCCAGAGAAGUUUGCUCAGCAGUGGCUUGCGGACAGUGGAAAGUGCUGGAAUGGACAGUGUGCUCGGUAACCUGUGGCCAGGGGAAGACGACACGGCAGGUACUGUGUGUCAUCAGUGACCAGGAGGUGAAUGCUAGUGAGUGUGACCCAGACGAUCGUCCUACCACAGAGCAGGACUGCGCUAUGUCUCAAUGCCCGUCCCGCUCAAGUGAGUCUCGACCUUUGCCGUCCUCCCCAAACGCCAGCACCAGGAACAACCUGCCCCGUAGCCAAUCCCACCAAUGGCGGACCGGACCCUGGGGCGCGUGCUCCAGCACAUGUGCAGGAGGUUUCCAGCGGCGUGUGGUUGUGUGCCAGGAUGAGAACGGCUACCCUGCCAACAGCUGUGAGGAUCGCAGUCGGCCCAGUGAGCAACGAUCCUGUGAGUCAGGGCCAUGUCCACAGUGGAUCUAUGGCAACUGGGGAGAGUGCACAAAGCCAUGUGGAGGUGGGAUCAAGACGAGGUUGGUGGUGUGUCAGCGUCCAAACGGCGAGCGUUUCAACGACCUGAGCUGCGAGAUCCACGACAAGCCACCAGAUCGCGAGCAGUGCAAUACUCAGCCAUGCCCGUCUAGCCCCCACUGGAGCACAGACCCAUGGAGCUCGUGCUCAGCCUCCUGCGGACGGGGCUUCAAGUCCCGUAAGGUGAGCUGUGUGACCGGGUCAGGCCGCCCGGUCCCCGAGGAGAACUGCCUGCACCUGUCCCCCAAACCCGGCAAGCAGAGGCGCUGCAGAGGAAGACGAUGCCCCAAGUGGAAGACUGGCAACUGGGGAGAGGUGGGACCUUGCUAUAAAACACUCCUCCACCAAGCUUGUUCUCACGCUGCCUCCUUUUCUUUUUUUCUCUCCCUAAUUCCACUUUAAUGCGUAUCAGCUUGUCGGCAGAUCUUUGCAUACGUGUUAAACCAUCUGCAGUCAAACCUGACUGCAUUUAUGAAUCAUGCCAGGCCACUAAGUAAGGCAGGGUGCUUUUACACAUUUAUCACACGGUGGGUUUAUAGAGUGCUGCACAGGCCUGGGGCGUAUACAUACAGAGGUUUGAGGAGAUGUAAACCUGCGACUGUGACACCACAGAAAAGUACGAAGGACAACAUCUUUGAGCUGCGUAAAUCAAC